UAUCAUCUCAAGGAUCAGUAUCAUCUCAAGAAUCAGAAUCGUCUCGGGAAUCAGCAUUGUUUCAAGAAUCAGCAUCGUCUCAUGAAUCUGAAUUGUAUCAAGAAUCAGCAUCAUCUCAAGAAUCGACAUUACAUCAAGAAUCAGCAUCAUCUUAUGCAGCACCAGUAUCGCAACGAUUUUCAUCAAAUGAUUUUCAUAUACCUUUUAAAGAUAGUACACGACCAAAUUUACCUUUGCAUUCUAAUGCAUCUAUUAAAAACCCAACAUUAGGUGGUGUGAGACGUUUGAAAAGAAAAAAAACAACAAUUAUUAACAAUUAUUAUAAUAUUACUGCUGAUUCUGUAACUUUUAAUUAG